AUGUGGAAUCCCAACACCUGUCAAGGCGGUGGAUUUGGCUUCAUUUCCGGAGACGAUGGCGAGGAAAUGUUUGUGCUUCCGUACUCCUGCGCGAUCUUCCCGACAGGCGGUGAAGCGCUCCCUCCGUUGGGCAUGCAUGUGGCUUAUGAGGUAGUGAUGGACCACAAGACUGGCCGCCCACGAGCAGAUAAUGUGCGCCCGUCACCGACCUCCGGCAUCUUCACCGGAACCAUCGAGAAAAGUGGUGUUCAAUAUGGCUUCAUCCAACAAGAUAUGCAGGAUGGAUCGGACGUGCGAAUGUUCGUUUUGCCGCUGUCCUGUGGCGGCACGAUUCCACCAGUGGCCACCCGGGUGAUGUAUGAAAUUGUUCAGGACCACAAGACUGGACGCCCCCGAGCAGAGAACGUGUUGACGGCCGAAACGCAAUCGCAGUUCAAGUGGCCGGUCCCUGAACACCUGAAGCAGAAGUCCGGAAGCAUCAUUCAGGCCGGCAGAACCUACGGCUUCAUUCAGCCUGAUGACGGUAGUGAGAAGAUGUUCGUCCUGCCGGGCUCCUGCAGGGAGUGUGGAGAUUUCGCCGUCCCGCCCUUGGGGACGCGAGUGGUCUACCAGGUCACGAUUGAUCAAAAGACUGGCAAGCCCCGGGCAGACAACGUGCAAUUGGAGGUGUUGGAAGAACGCACUGGGAGUAUCAGAGAUUCCGGCGAGAAGUUUGGCUUUAUUCUUCAAGAUGAUGGUGAGGCGAUGUUUGUGCUGCCCCUCUCCUGCGUUGCCUUUGACAAAGUGAUCCCUCCCGCCGGCACGCGCGUGUCCUUCAACGUCAUCUCAGAUCCCAAGACCGGGCGCCAGCGUGCGGACGAUGUGCGACCUGAAGGGCAGCCUGCGUCGGAGAAAGUGCCUAUGCCUAUGGACGGCGGCAAAGGAACUCGCCCCGGCCCCGGCCGCCCCGGCAUGAUGCUCGGACGAUCCGCACCCUACUAG